AUGACUAGUGAGCCAUCGGUAGCUGAGCAAACUGAUAAAACACAAGAGAAAUCGGUAGAUGACAAAGAACAACAGGCAGAAGCUCAGACUAAGACAGUGCAACAAGAAGAGCAACAGCAACAGGAACAGGCUCCAAAACAGAAACAGGAACAAGUUCAUGAGGAAAUAGUGCCACCGAUAGCGGCAACUAGGUCAAAGCACACAGUAGAGGAAGGUGAAGCAUCUAGUGUACCUACCGAUAUCCCCACCAGUACCCCUACCAAUAAGACUAGAGCUACAAAAGCCAAAGCAGCAGAAAAGAAGAUGGAAGAAGACAAACCGGUUGAAUCACAAAGAGGGAAACCAUCUAAAAUUCAGUUCUGGAGAAAGCAAAAAAUUGUUGAUCCACCUGCUGCACCAGUACAAACCAGAAAGAGGAAGAAGCAGCAAGCCCACAAACCGACAAAUGAUGAAGAGGCUACUGAAUCAUAUAAGGAUAAAAGAGCACUUAGAGAAAGUGUUAAGAAGCCUAAGACAACCGGUAAGGGAAAAUCACCUAAGAAACCAUUUACAUUAGAAGACUCUUUCAAUAGGAUGGUUCAAAUAAUUAAGGAUUAUGGAAUAUACAAAGGUUUGAACACAUUGUUUAUUCAUUUAUCUGAAAGUCAACAAAGGGAUAUUGAAGAUGCAAUCAUCUUCAGUAUGAAUAAAUUUAGCAAAGCCCUCAUUCAGCUACAAGGGAAGAUUCCAAAUUCUUUAUAUAAUCUUAUUGAUGAAAGGUGGCAGGCUGCCAUUAGCCAUGACAAAGAAUUCAUUGAUUACAUCUUUAAGCACCUGCAACUGGAAGCAAGUGAAGAGGAGAUUGAAACAAUAAAGUUUAAUGCAAAGGCAUUAUUCAGAUCCAAAAAGAGAUUAACAAGAAUGUUAAUAGGAGAGACCGAAUCAGUCCAGAAGGAAACUGAGAUUUUGAUCAAGAAGGCUUUAGAUCUGAUCCCGGAUGAAAAAAAAGAUGAACAAGUUGAGGAAGGUUGUUCUAAAAAGUUCAAGUCAGAAGAACUUCCUAAAGGUGUUAAGAUCAUAGAUUUUGAACCAGAUAACAAGUAUAUGCAAGAUGAUCCAAUUGAUACUGAACCAAUAUUCAUUCCUAAUGAUAAUACUAGAGACAAUAUUGAUAAUACUAUUGGUAAUAUAGAUGUAUUUGAUGUUGAUGUUCAAAUGUUUGAACAACAUGAGCAACAAGAGGAACAAGUAGAGAAGAAAACUGAAGAAAAGAGCUAUGAUGAGCCACCGGUGAACACACAACCUACUCAAAUUUCAUCGAUAGAUGUAAAUGUAAAUAUUUGUGACAGUCAAAAGGAAAAGGUUGAUGAAAAGACUGAUGAGGAAGUAUCGAUGUCUGAUAUUUGUGUGAAUCGCGGAUUGCUUAGUGCAUUAGUUGAGAGAUUCCAUUUAGAGCAUAACACUUUUCACUUGCUUAUUGGGGAGAUGACAAUUACUCCCGAGGAUGUAUAUAGGAUUCUAAGGAUUCCAUUUUCAGGUGGCAGGGUGGACUAUGAUUCUUCUCCUCAGGUGGUGAUUACAGCAUUACACAGGAUGACAACAAGGAUUCUUGUGUGGCUGGGGGAGGAUAUUGGAGAUGUUAGUUGCUCAGCCGAGGAGAUUGGGUUGGGGAUCCUUCUUGUUAGCACACAUGUACCAUGA